CCAUUUCGCUGUCUCACACUAAGGUGUGGUCGCUGCAUUCAUUCGGAAAACUAUGAUGCGUUUUUAGGACCGACUCAGCCCACGGUGGGCGCCGCGGAGGGCCGACAGCGCCUGUUUCAUUCAUGGCUGUAGCUUCGGCUAACACAAUGCUAAUGCCGAAUGCUAACACAUCGAUGUCUUUAACUUUUAUCGGUAACUCAUAACCGCCCAGUGAUGACUGUGCCCUCGGCUGUGUGGCCGCAGGUGUCGGCGGUUUCCAUGUUCCAACUGGUCACAUUGGUUGUUUGUGUUGACGCGAGCUACCCAGCGCGGUCUGAAUCACAUCUCACAGCCGCCACCUCAGAGUGGAUUCAGUUUUUUAAGGACGCAGGGAUCCCACCCAGCCUCGCUGUCACUUAUGCAGUCUCCUUUGUGGACAACAGAAUCCAGAAGAACAUGCUGAUGGACCUCAGUAAAGAUAUCAUGAUGGAUCUCGGUAUUACAGUCAUUGGUGAUAUCAUUGCCAUUCUUAAACAUGCCAAGCAGGUGUACAGGCAGGACAUGUGCAAAAUGGCCACAGAAGCCAUUUCCUCAGGACAGACAAGUGUUCAAGCUGAGCUCAGAAGAACUGCCAAUACUCCUGCCACUCGUAUGAUUGCCAACGCUUUAAGCCAUGACUCCCCCCCGGCCACACCAGCCCGUCGCCCUGACAACCGCCUCUCCGUCACAGUGUCCAACAUGCAAGCGAACAAGAGUAACAAAGCAGUUUUAAGUCAGCCAGCUGAUGAGAGGAACGGCGUGCCAGCAGCGAAGAGCCGGCGAGUGACAGCUGAGAUGGAAGGCAAGUACAUCAUCAACAUGCCCAAAGGCACCACGCCUCGUACACGCCGCAUCCUGUCCCAGCAGGCCAAGAAAGGUUUGAAACGCACCUCUGUAUUUGCAAGACUUGGGGCUGAAUCAAAGACAGACACAACAACAAGCAAUAGCAAGCCCACAGGUGUGUUCAGUCGCUUGGACAAAGCGGCUGCAGGGGAAGCCGGGCCGAGGGCAGGGAAGAUGGAUGUGGAUGAGCAGGACGACAGUGAUGGAGAGGGCUCGGUUCUGCAGUAUGCCGGCGUCCUCAAAAGACCCCCUCCCCCCCAGAAGAAGAAGCACACUGCAAAACCUGCCCCGACCACCUUGCGACGACUGGGAGGGAAAUUUAAACUACCUCCCACUGACACUCCCAUUCCCUCCUCCUCUUCCCCUAAUGGCCUCCCUCCCGCCAAGAUGAGUGUGCUUCAGAGACUGGGCAAGCUCCAUGCCACAAACUCAAACACGGCCGUGUCGCCCAAACUGGCCGACACACAGGACAACAGAGUGACCAGCACCAGGCCCAAACCCCAGGAGAGGCCAACCAUAGCAAGCUCCAAGGUGAGCAGCAGCACCGGGGCUGGAGGAGAUGGCGGAGGAGAGGGAGGGGGAGAGUCCUUUGGGGCCCGGAUGGACGGUAAGGCAGUCAGUGUUUUUAAGAGACUGGGCAAUAAGAAAACCUAACAACAAUAUCCAAGACUCUUUCAAUACUUCCUUUAUAGAAUUUGUAUCACCACCUUUUUGCAUUGAUCCUGGCGACAUGCAGGACUGCAGAUUUUUAUUAACCGGAGUGUUUUUGCUCAGCCUGAGUGUGUGGACAAUUUUAAUGGCUUUUGGGUUCCUCUUAGAUUUAAGGAAAAUAUUUUUUUCCCUACAUUUAUACCGUGCUGCCAUCAACUUUGUCUACUGUCCAAACUUUUAAUUUGAGGUCUCAGACUUUUCUGUUUUAUGUCACCCAUCCAGAACAUUUAUCAUUUUUAGAAAUUAAUAUUUAACUGUAUUCGUGAGCUUAAGGCAUGAGCAUGAAUUGAACCAUUGUUUUUUAUUUGACCCUAUAAAUCCACGUGUAAGGAUGCUGCUGCCUCAACUAUAAAUGAAAACCUUUGAGUAGUAGAAGAUACUGCGUAUCCCUCAAGAUGAAUCCUGUGAUCACUGUGUUCUGACCUGUAUGGUACAGAUAGGUUAAGGUUUAUUUUUCCACAAGUUAAAACACAGGAUAGCGGUCAGUAAUAUUAGCCACUAGAAGAUGGUGAAAUCUUUCUCUUCUUGUUACUUUCACCUAAGUAUUACCUCCUUCCUGAUGUUUUGAAAUUAGAAAAUGUGAGGAAAUGCUUCUGAGCUUUAGUCCCCAACUUGUGAGCAGAAAAAGAAAAAUCCAGAUGGUUUCACAGAACAACCCAUCCACUUGGAGUAGAUGUUCAGUUCACACCUUCAGAGCUAAAGCCGCCCAUGUCGACUUCAUACCAUCGUACCGAAGUCUUUCCAGAACAACCUCCCUGACGGCCGGAUCAGUAGAAUAUUGUUCGUUUUGAAAUGCAAUGUAUAGAUUUGUUAGAUCAUGUUGAUUUCACACAGUACAGAAACUGUUCUGCUGCAUAUUUUUCUAUGUAGACGUCCUAGUAUCAUGUAAAGAAACUCUGAGAUGCCAUCAGGCCUGGUGUCAGGGGGCCACUGCCCCACCUGGUACGGGUCAUAAACACUUGUGCACUGUUUUGGACUUUCAGACUUGCAGAACUUUGUUACACUGUAAAUGUUUUUGGGAAAAAUUUUGAAUCACGUUUAAGAAUUUUUAUUGUUUUACGGAAAAAAUGUCAAGCAAAACACCAUGAAAGGUACAUUAAGGGGGAACAAAGUUCUCAAUUUGGAGCAAAUGUGCUUGGAAAAUAAUUAAAAGAGGAAAAGGGUCGAAAAUUAUUUUGCCGUUCAGUUAUUUUUUUCUGUGGAGAUAUUAUCAAGGCAUGCCAGUGACACACUGUACUUUGCAACUCUUUUGAGUGUCGACAUGACUGCAAGGUCAAUAUUUAUAUUCCCCUGGGAGCGUUAAGCUGAUCAUUUAUCAAUAAACCUAUGUAAACAUCC